AGAUUGUUGUCUAAAUACAUAUAAAUUUUGAGACUGCCAUGGGAAGAAUGGGUUUUAGAAAAGUCAGUGAUGUCAAACUUACUUAAUAAAUCACUAAUCUAAAAGUAGUAGGAAUUAUGACACAUUUAGCCAGAGAAUAUGAAGCUCCUCAAAAUUAUGAAAUUGCCACUAGAACUUAAGUAGAUUUAUUCUAAGACUUUAUUUCUUAAUUAACAUUAGAACCAACUGUAAUUAAACAUGUUGAUAAUUCAGCAGCUUAGGUUAAAAAGAAAUUUACAUAAUUUGAUAUGUUAGAGCUGGAUCUAUUGCUUAUGGAGAAGAUAAAGAAUAAUUCUAAGACCCUAGACGAGUAAUUAAACCUAUUUUCCAUAAUUGGAAAACCACUGUUGUUAUUAUAUAAGGAGAUGUUUCACCUAAUAGCCCUAUUGGUUACAUUGGAAUCUAAAAAACAAGAUCAGAUAGAGAAUCAAGACAACCACCAUUAGAGUUGGUUAUGAUUAUAAUUGCC